AUGCAACAUUCAACAACAUCAAACAAAAAUAUUGAAUUCAUCGAUUUAACAUCAGAUGAUAAUAUUAAACAAGAACCAAUAAUAAAUAAUCAAUGUCAAUAUACAUUUCGAAUUUUAAUUAAAAAUGAGAUUUCAUCAACAACAAAUGUAUCAAAAACAACUCAUACAUCAAUUAAUCAUCAACAAUCAUUGAAAUCAAAUGAUAAAACGAAAAAACUUAAAUCAAUGACUAAUAAAUAUAUGAUUAUCGAUUGUUUAAAAGGUUUACAAAUGUUACCGAAUAAUUCUAUACAAUGUAUUGUUACUUCACCACCAUAUAAUAAACUUGGUCUUCGUGAAGGUCGUCAAUAUAAUGGACAAAUUAUAUAUGAUACAUAUGAUGAUAAUAUGAAUGAAGAUGAAUAUCAACAAUGGCAAUGUAAUCUUUUAAAUGAAAUAAAUCGUAUAUUAACACCAAAUGGUUCACUUUUUUAUAAUCAUAAAGAUCGUCGUUAUUGUAAACGUGAUUAUCCACCUGAAAAUUUUAUUCUUCGAAGUAAUUUAAAAUUAUAUCAAACAAUUAUUUGGGAUCGUGGUUCUACAGUUAAUCAAAAUUCUAAAUAUUUUCGUCCAAAUCUUGAAAAAAUUUUUUGGUUAACUAAAUCUUCAAUUGAUUAUUCAUCAUCAUCAUCAUCACCAAAAUUUUAUCGUAAUAAAUUACCAGAAUGUUUUAAAAGUUCAAUAUGGAGAAUAUCACCUGAUAGAAAAAAUUUACAUCCAGCUCCAUUUCCACAAUUAUUAUCUGAAAUUUGUAUUUUAGCUACAACUGAUCAAGGUGAUCUUGUAUUAGAUCCAUUUGCUGGUUCUGGUACAACACUUAUAGCUGCAGCUAAUCUUAAACGAUCUUUUAUUGGUUUUGAUAUAAGUAAAAAAUAUAAAUAUAUGUUUCAAAAACGAUUAGCUAAUUCAAAUACUGAAGUAAAUCUUUGGAAACAAAUGUUUGUAGUAGAAAAAAUUCUUGAUCAAAGAAUUAGAAAUGGUUGUAUUGAAUAUUUACUAAAAUGGAAAGGUUUUGAUCAUGAUCAAAAUACUUGGGAAGACAAGGACAAUUUACAUUGUCCAGAUUUACUCAAAGAAUUUGAAUCAUCAUUAAAAAAAUACAAAAGAAAAAAACAUGUAUCUUCAACUGAAACAAAUGUAUACAAAAUGAAAAUGACUUCAUCAAAUGACGAAGAACUUAAUGAAAGACCAUCUAAACGUAUUGCUAAUAUGAGAUUAUCAUCAAAAAUGAAACAUUUAUACAAUUUAUCUGAUGAUGAAGAUUAUUAUUCAUAG